AGAACUAAGCGUACCCGACCCUCGUCUUUCUCUGCCUCAAUCUUUUACAUUUAAUAUUGUAUUUCUAUUCGUUCAAGUCGAUGGUGAACUCUAACGGAUAGUGUAUUCAGUUUUCUAGUUUUGUAGUUUUUAAAACAAAAACAUACAAAAUGUGGCCCAAAACGCUUUUUUUAUUAAUAGUUUUUAAUUUGACUUAUGCUAGAUAUACGCAAAAACGUAGCAUAGAUUUAAUAGCAGCACAUGGGUUAAUCACAGACACUAAACUACCACAAGAUCUAAUUCCACAUGAGUAUUUAAUACAAAUACACCCACUACCAGAGGGUGUUUUUAAUGGUAAAGUUUCAAUAAACUUUACUGUUCAACAACACACUGACACAGUUGCUCUACAUUUUCAUCCUGACAUGGAACUUCUUGAGAGCUCUGUGAGGCAGUUUACCAGAUCCGAUGAGGAAAUUAAAACCAAAGUACCAAUAGAAACCUUUCCAAAGUCACUAAUAAUCAAGGAUGUAGAGAAAGAGAAAAAGAAACCUGUAAUCAGCUUUAUUCUUAAAGAAGCAAUUAAAGAGGGUGCAAUGUUUGAAAUAACCCUAAUUUACAAAGGAAAAAUAUUCAACGACACAAGUGAAGGCCUUUUUAAGAGUACUUAUGUGGAUCCUCAGACGACUGAAACUAAAUGGUUUGUUGCCACGCAUUUUAGGCCCAAUUUGGCCAGAAAUGUAUUUCCUUGUUUUGAUGAACCCGGUUACAAAACACCCAUGGUGAUUAAGAUUGGAAGACAUAAAAAUAUGACUGCCACAUCAAAUAUGCCUUUGUUACAUACUGAACCAAUGGAAAACAUGAAUGAUUGGGUAUGGGACACUUUUGAAAAAUCACCUCCAAUGGCAACGUUCUCAGUCGGUUUUGUCAUAUCUGAAUUCAGUCAAAUUAAAAACUCCAAAGUUCUAAAGGAUAAUCACACCCUAACUGGAUACAACAUUGAUAUGGAUGUUUGGGCAAGACCAAACUUUAUUAAUGCUUUAGUUAAUGUAUCAUCAAAAGUAAAUCAAUCAAUUCAUAUAUUGGAAGACUUUUGGGCCAGGAGAUAUCCAUUGCCAAAACUAGAUAUUUUUGCUUUGCCCAACUAUCAAGCCACCCGACCUGCUGAUAGCUGGGGUAUUUUACUAUUUAAAGAGAGUGAAUUAAGUGGAAAAGGAUCAUGGCAUAUAACUCAAGAAUUGGUGUAUCAAUGGCUGGGUGCUUUAGCUACUCCAUUUUGGUGGAGCGAUGCCCAUAUUAAUAAUGCACUUGUGAGAUAUGUUACAGCUUACACAACAUUAAAGAUGGAAGAAAAUGAAACAUUUAACAAUUGGCCAAUGACGAUGCUUUAUUCGAUCUAUUAUGAAUUUAGUAAGAGAUAUCCUCAUGGAAAAAGUACCGCUAUUAAACAGGACUCUACAUCAGCCAAAACUGAACUUAUAUUUAGAAUGCUUAACUACACUCUAGGGGAAAAAACUCUUAAAAAGGGAUUGCAACGAUUUAUGGCCGACAGAGAAUUCAAAACAUUCUUUGGCGAUGACAUAUGGAAUAGCAUUACUGAACAAGCAAGGAUUGACAAAACUUUGGACGAAAAAAUAUCUGUAAAUGAAAUAGCUGGAUCAUGGAUAACAAAAGACAGAUUACCAGUGGUUACUGUGACCAGGGACUACAAGAAAAAUUCAGCCAAACUAACUCAAAGAGUUUACCUUAGAGAAAGACCUCACGAUGUGCCAGACCAAGAAAAAUUUGUUUGGUGGAUACCAAUAGUAUUAGUGAAACAAACCAACUUAAACUUUCAAAAUUGUACCCCUACAGUAUGGAUGAAGCGUGAAAAAGAAAUUAAAAUUGAAAAUCUUCCAGAAAAAGACAAAUUUAUCAUAGUUAACCCCGAAGAAAUUGGACCUUUCCCAGUUAACUACGAUGUUGACAAUUGGAACAUGCUUUCUAAAUUUUUAUGUACAGAUAAUAGAAAGAAAAUACCAGUAAAUACGAGAGCGAAGUUGCUUCAUGAUGCCUGGAAUUUGGCUUAUGCUGGAGAUCUUAGUUUUGCAACCGCCUUGAAUAUGACUUUGUUCUUAAAAUAUGAAAGGGAAUAUCUGGCUUGGGAUCCAGUUUUUACACUUAUCGACCAUAUUGGAAGGCAUAUUGAUAGUUCUGCAGUACACAAGAAAUUCCAAUCCUACGUUAGAAUUCUUUUGACUCCUCUUUAUGAAGAACUCGGUAAUGAUCCUCAAGAAGGUGAAUCGGAAGGCAGAGCACACUUAAGGAGUUCAUCAAAAGUGUUUUUGUGUCAAGCAGGAUAUAAACCAUGCAUCAAAGAAGCACAAGAGGCAUUUAAGAAAUGGAUGGAAAUUGAUAAUCCGGAUGAGGGAAAUCCUGUUGCCAAUCAGUACAUUUGUCCAGUGUUUAAAUGGGGCACCCAGGAAGAAUGGGAAUUUGGCCUACAAAGGGUCAUUCAGUUUCCACCUGGUAGAAAACAGAACGAAAGAACAUAUUUAUUAAAAACCUUAGCCGGAUGUCCGAAUGACGCUUCUAAAAUUGAAAGAUUGUUGAAUAUUACUGUUUUGGAAAAAAAUGGAAACUUCACCGAUACCGAUGUUUACUUGAUUUUUAGUAUGUUGACAGGAGGAGCCAAUGGAUACACCACGUUGUUUAACUUCUUAAAGAAAAAUUGGGAUGAAAUUAAAUUAAGGCUUGAGGAUAGACCUCACCUUUGGAACAGCCUUAUAACAUCGGCAACUUCUGUAUUCAAAACUCAGGAAGGUUUAGAUAUGGUUUCAGAACUUUACGUUCAACGUCAAAGCGAAUUUGGAACGGCUGAUUUUGUAAUUGAAAAAUCCCUAAAAAACAUAAAAGAAGAGACCAAAUGGAGCAACGAUAAUCUUCCUAUAAUAGAGAAAUGGUUGGAUAACUAUUUAGCCGUAAACGACGUUCAAACAACUACUAAGAUUUAAUUUAGUAAUUAUGAAUAUUAUAUUUAUUACAAUUAGAUUCUUGUGUAUACACUUAUAAGUUUACUAAAACAAUUAUUAUGUGAUCGCUAUAUACUCUUUUACUAAAUAUGUUGUAGUUUAAUUUAUGUUUAUCAGGUUUUUCGUUAUAAAAAUAAUUAUAUAUUACAUUUUAAUAUUAUUUUUUAUACCAAGAAAAUAAUUAAUUUUGUAAUAUUCAAUCAAAAUAUAUUUUUGAUCUAUUAAUAGUUUUUUUCAUU